CCGCCGUGGCGAAUGUGACUUAAGAAUUUAUGAACACCCUGUAUGAUUAACUCCUUACAAUAUAUAGGACCAAUUAGUUUUAUUGCUUACUUGAAAUUCCUCAAUAUAACCACCAAAACAAAAAAGAGGUCAAGUCUAACUCAGCCCAACCCAAUCAAAAUAACUUCUUGGUCAAGUCCUAUAAAAUACAUUAUAAUUACUUAAAUUGGUAACUUACGAGAAGCACUUGGAUUGGCCGGACGUGUUCUGUAUGUUGUCCAGUGUAACACAAGUACAAGCUCGAGACACAACUCACCCAAGAUGAAGUUCCAAGUGGUACUUUUGAUCGCUCUGAUGUCUACAGCUAUGUUGAUGGACAGCUGCGAUGCAUGGUUUUGGAGAGACUUGUGCAGAUUUGUAGUUGGGAAGGUGUGCACAGUUACAGGGUGCGCAGUCACUGGUCCAAUUGGAUGUCGCGUUGCCAUAACUUCUUGUAGUUGGGGAUCUACAAAAGUGUGCGGAAAGCGAAAGCGACGAGAGUUAAUGAAGAAAACUCUUGAGAAAGAUGAUCACCUCAUUCCAUUGCCUGCACUCUUCGAGGCGUAUGAUAUGAACGAAGAUGACAAAAUUUCCGCGCAAGAGCUGGCCCUCACAGCGGGAAUAGAUGAAUUCGAGACACAGAACGUUGCGUUUCCCCUUUGUGACACCGAUGGGGAUGGCUUUUUGUCUCGCAAGGAAUUCAUUAAUUCCCCACUUAUGUUUGAAGACAUCAGGGACAUCGAAAUGGAGUACAGAGAAAUUGCUUCGGAGAUGAAAGGUGAUGUUGAUAAUAAGAUAUCGUCUAUCAAUGCACCCGAUGACCCAUCUGUUAAAUCAACCAAAGAUAAAAUUGCGGCAUAA